UCACAAGGCCGCGGGAAGGUGAAGACGUUACACGGUGAUGGGGACGGUGCAAAGCGACGUAGCUGGUGUGGAAGAAACAGAAACGGGCAGCGACUAUGUCCUCGUCUCGACGGAAGCCGAGAAGACUCUGUCAUUUGACCCAUCACAGAGCUACCUGGUGGCCUUCUGUAUCAACCGCCAGACGUCUCCUCGCUUCCGCCACCGACAGCUGAACGAUACCGUCGUCAACGACUCGUUCAAGGUCAUGUCUGCCCUGCACGAGAGCGGAGCGCUGCCUCGCGACAAUUCCAACCUGAUCCAAGCCAGCAUCGAGCCGCAGGACUGCACCUUUCAGGGCAUGAAGAAGGCCUUCCAGAGAGAGGCGCGAAAGGUGGGGGAGGGUGGCGCGUUCUUUUUCCACUUCUCCGGCCACGGGAUCCGAGUCAACAACGACCAGUUCGGCCUGGCGCCGGUGGAUUUCGACUACACCACGGACACCUACGUCACUGCCAGCGUAUUGAGUCAGUGGCUCUGUGAAGCACAGUGCAAGGCAAAGUUCGUACUCUUCACCAUCGACUGCUGCUACGCGGGGGGGAUAGCGGAGGCCCUCACGGGAGGCUCUGAUAUUCUCACCCCAUAUCCCGGGCUCUAUGUCAUGGCUUCCUGCACGGCCAACGAAGUAUCGGUCAUCAUUGGAACACUCGGCAAUUCCAUCUUCUGCUACUUCCUCGCCCACUCCAUAUCUACGACUCACUCAUCUCCGGGACAGUUUCCCAUCCAGCGAAUCUUUGACAAGUGCAAGAAGCUGUCCAUUGCGCUGUCUUCCCUCUUGCUCAGCUAUGAGAAGACAAGUGGACUCCACUGGAGGACCAUGCAACCAGAACUGACUCACUCAACACUAUCUGAGACCGUUCUGCAGUUCACAGGCGAAGGAAGCGAAGAUGAACAAGUAGAUGCCGGUAUUAUGAGGUUCAACUACGCCACAGAGCUCUAUGAUUUCGCUGGUGGUAGAGAAGGAGUGAGCAGGCUGGACCAGAAGUGUCUGACUUGGCUCGAGAUGACAUAUUCAGACUCAAACGGAGGACUGGUCCAACUGAAAGAGGAGGGGGUCUUGGGAAGAGAUCGUUGCCUCACUGAUACUGUCCUCUGUUGCAUGCUCCGCAGCGUAGCCAGUAUCCAACUUGCCUGCGAUCAAUCAACCGUUGCUACACCAAACCUCUACAUCACCUCCUACAUGCACGUGGUGGCAGCCAUAGACAUAGUUCAGUGUGGGGCUCAGUUUCAGGAGAGAGAGUUUGCUCUAGGUCUGGCGUACUACCUCGACUGUCUCCUACUGUCUGGUCUCAACAUGCAGCCUCUGAAACAGAUCUAUCACCGUCUCCUAGGCAACCUCCGUGCCAAGCUAGCCGCCGAGACUGAAAAGGAAAUGACAGAUUCCGGAGAUAUGUUGCAGCAGUCGGAGGUACAUCUUGGUCCAGCCUCUGUCUCUACCGCACUACUUACUUGGCCCACCAUUCAGAGAUGGACACCUCUGGAGCCACACCCACUAGAACAAUAGACCACACCUACUGGUACAAUAGACCACGUCCCCUCUCUCAUUCUGUCAAUGACUCACAUUUGAUGAUAGUGAUGAUAAUGCUCUCAGCUGUUAUUUAUUUAUUCCUGCUGUAUUUAUGAUGUAAUAAUGUUUUCAACUUGCUGUUGACAAUAGUCCUAAAGUUAGCAGACACGUGCACCUUACUGUGGCAGAAACAUUAUUCAUACUAUGGCGAGUCACAUGGCUACUCUUAUCACACCUUUAAAGGACAUACAGAGGUGACACGCGUGGCUCUGGGCUUUAUAAAGAGCUGCUGCCCUGUUAGCUA